AUGGAGUUUCUCGAGCUUUCUAGCAUAGCCAUGGUGAUGAUUUUUCUCUCUGUGUCCGGGAGAAUAUUGUUUUCCUGUUGGAUUAAACCAACCCUAGUGCAUCAAAAGCUUCGGAGAAACGGAUUUGGAGGUCCAACUCCAAGUUUUCCGUUGGGUAAUAUCACUGAGAUGACUGAGAAGAACGGUGGUUCUUCAUUGAGGUCCUCGAAUAUUACCCACCAUGAUAUACACUCAAUUGCUUUCCCCUACUUUGCACGAUGGCAAAAGUUGCAUGGAAAAGUGUUCAUGUACUGGGUGGGGACGGAGCCCUUUUUAUACAUAGCAGAGCCGGAGUUCCUGAAGAAAAUGUCGGCAGAGGUGGUGGCAAAGAGUUGGGGAAAGCCCAAUGUGUUCAGAAAUGAUAGAGACCCCAUGUUUGGCAAUGGUUUGAUUAUGAGUGAAGGUGAUAACUGGGUUCGCCACCGCCAUGUCAUCACUCCCGCAUUCCACCCAACCAACUUGAAGGUCAUGGCUACGUUAAUGGUAGAGUCCACCACUAGAAUGCUUAAUAAGUGGGCCACGCUCAUCAAUUCCGACAGACCGGAAAUUGAUGCUGAAAGAGAGAUUACGACAACGGCUGGGAUCAUCAUUGCUAAGACAAGCUUCGGAAUGAGUUUCAGCAGUGGACAGGAAGUGUUGAAAAAAUUAAGAGCCCUGCAAGUGACUCUCUUCAACUCUAACCGCUUCGUGGGGGUCCCUUUUAACAAAGUCUUGUGCCCUAUGCAAAACCUAGAGGCCAAAAUGCUGGGAAAAGAAAUCGACCGACUGCUUUUAACAAUCAUAACUGAGAGAAAAAAAUCGAUUGAAGAGCAACGUCAUCCUUCACAGGACUUGCUAGGAAUGUUGCUUCAGGGGAGUCGUACUGUAGAUGGCAAUCCAGGGAAAUCCUUAACAACACAGGAACUUGUCGAUGAGUGCAAGACUUUCUUCUUUGGGGGACAUGAGACGACAGCAUUGGCAAUCACUUGGACAUUGCUACUUUUGGCAACGCAUCCAGAGUGGCAGAAUCAGUUGAGAGAUGAGAUUAGAGAAGUAGUUAAAGAUAAAGAAAUUGAUGUCGAUAUGCUUGCGGGACUAAAGAAGAUGGGAUGGGUGAUGAAUGAGGUUCUUCGACUGUACCCAUCAGCACCAAACGUACAAAGGCAAGCGAGAGGAGACAUAGAUGUAAAUGGCCUGACAAUUCCGAAUGGUACCAACAUAUGGAUCGACGUAGUGAGCAUGCACCACGAUCCGGCUGUGUGGGGAGAGGACGUGAACGAGUUCAAGCCUGAGAGGUUCAAGGAUGACAUAUAUGGUGGGUGCAAGCACAAGAUGGGAUACUUGCCUUUUGGUUUUGGGGGAAGAAUGUGUAUUGGUAGGAACUUGACGUUUCUGGAAUACAAGAUUGUCCUAACCCUAAUUCUCUCUAGGUUUUCCUUUACUCUCUCCCCAGCCUAUUCCCAUUCUCCUUCUAUUUUGCUCUCUCUUAGGCCUCGGUAUGGGAUGCCCAUCAUAUUUAAACCCCUUUAG